AAUAAUGGUUUUGAAAGCUGCAUACAGGGCUGGUAUUCUUCAGAUGAAUACGUUUGCCUCAGAUAAAUUAAAAUGUGGUUUUAUGUUAUGAAAUCAGGGCUAGGUGUACUAAUGGAGACAAUCUCUACAUGCAGUCCAUAGAGGCCCUUAAUUUUGGACAACGCCAAGAGAUGCACAUGGCAGUUGUGGAUGAAUGUAUGUACACAGCCUGUACAUACAUAUCUCUGCUCACCUAAUUCACACAUAGGCACGUUUGAAUAUAAACCCAUAUAUCAUUUUCCUUCUUUUAGCAGAAUGAUAGUGAUUUUCAUACAUAUUUCUCAAAUGCCACCAUAGCCCAAUUGCACUGGAAGACAAAUCAGUAUUCAAGCUGUCAACAAAGAAGACUGAUGUUGGUCAUAAGUCCCUAUUAUCUGAAAGAUUUGACAUGGACUUAAGUUGGGAUCACUUUUGAUGAAUACCAUUUAACUAUCAUUACCUGAUGGUUCAUCUACACAUGGUAGAAUGGAAAUAAAAUUAUGCUGAAAAGUACUCAUAAAUGUGUGUGCUAUUGUUUAUCAGUGUAGCAUCACAAAACUUCAGCUCUGGAUCACAUGUUAUUAGAGGUACUUAAGCACAGCACCGAGUCCAGCUCUAAGAGUGCAGCUAUGGUUGUGUCAGAGCUUGGAACCGCACAUGCUGCACAGUGCUAGGAAAGAAGUUAGCUCUAUACACCUCCUAACAUUACCCCCUACCCCAGUAAAUCUACUUGAUUAAUGACAUACUGACAUUUUAUUAGAUUAUUGUGCAUCACCACUGCACAAGCACCCUCUAAAAUUUCAUAUCCAAAUUUCUAGGCUUAUUAUUUUCUUGAAGUCACUACUUUUCAGAGCAGGUUGUGCUGUAUUACGCUGGCUGGCUCAUAAAAUCCCAUGGCAUGUGAAGAUCUGAGCUUGUACUUCUUGCAUGUUUUUCACACUGUAAUGAAAUGUCUUUGAAAUAGGCAAGAGACACAUGCACAUGCUCUAGGAUGGCCAGCCAUGGGGUAUUCCCAUAGGGUUGUGGGAGAGCCACUCCUUGCACCUGCUUUCUUACAUGGAGCAGAAGUCCAGACUCCAGGUGAGUAUCCUUACUCCCACAAUAUAACACCAAGUACCUUAGCUCUGAUUAUAAUGCAGGUUUCAUUUCAUUCCUGUCUUCUCUGAACUAGACAGCGGUCCCCCUCAAGAGGCUAUUGCAUAUUGCUGUCUAUGAUACAGCUAGACAGUAUGGCAGAAGGAUGUUGGCACUCCUUCCUCUACUGUUUCAAGAAGAAAAAAUGAACCUAAUCAUGUCUGCAUUGUUUUGGGUUUAGUUUGAAACUAAGUAUCAAAUAUAACCAUUAUGACAUGAAUGAAUGAAUGAUGUGAAUUCUGUCUCUCUACUUAGCAACUCCAUUAACUGCUGUCUUUUUUUUUUUUUUUUUAAAUCAGAUUACACUUCUAAGGCUAAAGCAUGUCGGAUGCCUGGAAGCAUUUCUGUUUUCAGUGAGAACCUCUGUUAACAUGACACAACCCCUUUAAAAUGCAGACAUGCACUCAGCGAAUUUGAUAAGCCCUGAGAUGAAUUUAGAUGCACAAAGAUGGUGAAGCAGCCUAAUCCUUCCUACAGAAGAUAAUGUUUAAACAAAUUUAUUUCAUUCAAUGAAACACCUGAACAAGCUUAUUUAAUAUAGUCUUUGCAUUUAAUUAUCUCUGCUGAGGGGUACUUGCCAUAUUUCAAAAUAUGAUUAUUUUCUUUUGUAUUAAUUAUUUUAAGAUCCUCAAAGGAAACCUGGUGAGAAAUAAAAAAAGGGCUCUUAAUUAACCUGAGCCACCAGAAGUCAUCUUUUUGGAAUAGGGAAGCUGAGAUAUGGGACUGAAAAUAAAUAGUACUUUAAAAAUCAGGCUCUCUACAUGAAUAAUGAAGAAGAGCUGCUAAAACCUGAAAAGAAUUCUGUAUGAAUGAAUUGUUGCUAGGCAUUAAUAUCAAAGGCACGCUUACACAUUAAACUGUCUGGUGGAGAAAAGACAAAAAUAGAAAAAAAUAAUUCUGAGACUAACUCAAUACAGUGAAAAUUAUUGGCAGAAGUCAAGGAAGUGUAAAAUUAUGAUACACCCAGAGAAAAAUACAGCCCAGAGUCAGCAUCUCAGUUCUUUUCUUCUCUCCUUUUGCUCUUGUGGGGUUAGCAUAAAGGAAGCUAUUCCUUUUGAAAAGAAUUUAUUCCCCAAUAUAUUUCUGGCAAGCAGUUCUACCAUGAGUGCUCUCACUGCUCAAUCCAAUUACCCUCGUGCUUGCAGCGGGGAAUACUGUACACGAAAACAGGAGACCCUGUUCUCCCUGCCACAAAUAGAACUGCAACAGGGCUUGGAUGUUUUUACUCUAGAUAGCAAAUUAACAGACUAUGGCAACCUAUAUAUGAGUAACUAGAUCACUGCUUUUUUUGCAGCAUCAGUAUUACAUGAAAGGAUAUUUGCAACAUGGGUUUGCACAGAAUGAAUGUAAUUGUAUGUAUGUAUCAUCUGAAAGCGGCUUUGUACCUAGGCACAAGCAAGAGGGGAAUUGUGCCCAUUGCAGGCAAUUGUUUAGUAUUGCACUUCUAGGCUUCUCUUGUUUAACCAUUUAACAUGUUGCUGUGCUCCUCCAAAGGCUAAAGACCUUGAAAGGAUCACAUUAUGUGCACACCUUUGCAAGAAGCCAGACAGCACCUCGGUAGGUGUGAAAAGGGAUCAAAGCCAGUUUUCCAACAGAAGUACUUUUGCCUUUUAUUCUAUCAGGCAAUUACACAAAUUUUAAUUUCCAGUCAAAGUGAAUGCAGUUACCAGAUCAUACUACCUAGACAACAAAUCAAACUGUUUCGUGCCAUUUGUAAAAUUAAUUCAAAGUCAGCUCUCACCAUUGAAGACAGCUUUGUUUUUUCCUUAGUUUUUCAAAAGGCAUGAGGUUUACUUCACUUUUCUGCAGACACUUUGUAUAGGUAUUUAUAUUACCCUUUUGUCACUACUGGUCAAUCAAGCACACCUGAAAAAAUUCCCUGGGGCUCAGCCUUGGCAUGGGAAGUGUGUGUUUUCUCUGGGAAACAUUUAAAAUUAUAGGAAAUGCUUUUGAAAGAUGGGAAAUAAUGAGGGGAAAGGUGUUUUCGUGUUUUCUGAUCCUCUAUGUUUGUGUUCUUGCAACUGAUUAUAUUUUCACAAUCGAACUGAAAUAUAUUGCUGUUUUAUUUGCCACAGAAUUGGAUUGAGGCCAUUCCCAGCGAUGGCAUGCUGGACGAGGUGGCAGCAUGAAAUCCAUACUCCUCCCGUUUGCCCAUCUGCAAAGCUGCAGUGGGUUCACAUCACCUCACUCUCGCAUCACCCUUCCAACACUGUCAAGAUAUUGACAUCGCGUGGUGACUUCAAAGAUGAAGCAACAUGUUAUCCAAAAUGCAAAAACGGUGGGGAGUGCCUCAGACCUGGGAAAUGCAGAUGUCCACCUGGCUAUGGGGGUAGAUACUGUCAUAAAGUAAGCUGUGAAGGAGGCUGUCAAAAUGGUGGGGAAUGCAUCUCUGUCAAUGGAGUUGUGAAGUGCCUUUGUGCUUCUGGCUGGACGGGAUCAAGAUGCCAAGAAGCAAUUUGUCCUCAAGGUUGCCGGAAUAAUGGAGCUUGUGUGGCUCCUGGGAUUUGUAGCUGUCCAGCUGGAUGGGUCGGUGGAGCAUGUCACUUAGCUGUAUGUAAACUACCUUGUCAACAUGGAGGAAAAUGCAUAGCUCCAAACGUGUGCAGAUGUCGACUGCCGUACUCUGGUGUACAGUGUACAAAGAAAAGGAAGGAAUGAAGCAACUUCCGCAAAGAUAAGCUGCUUUUGCUUCAUGUAGCUCUUCCUACAGAGAUGAAGUUUGCAGCUGUGGGGAACCUUAAAACAAACAUGGUAACUAAUUGAUUUCAGAUAGCUUUUUGUUUUCAGUAUAUUAAGUAAAUGUUUUUCUGUAUUGAAGAAAAGUAUUGCUGAUAACACAGCUGUUGUAAGUGUCCAAGUAUGUGUAGUGUAUGGCACAUUUUCUUCUGUUAGCAUUUUCUUUUCUCUGUAAGCAGAAGUGUUAUGUCUUGGUUGAUACAGCUGACCUUGAAGUGAAAUUUGCUCUUCAAAUAAAGUACUUCAGAAUAGA